CGGCGGGCUGGUCUGGCGCAGAGGUCAUCUGACUGGCCGUUCAGCUUGGGCGGCACACACCGCUGACCUGUCCCAGGCCACACAAGGCACCACGCCAGGCUCUGACGACACCCACUUCGCCCCCAGCACCUCUGGGUACCCAUGUACCCACAAGAACACACACUCACCUCAGCUCAGAGACUGCAGCUGCUGACCUAAAGAUUCCAGCGGGAGACUCCGAGGGUGAAAGGCACACAGCACAGCGGUGGGAGCGGACGGGCAGGGCAGCCAGUAGCACCAUGUCUGUGACCCACGGGAAGAUGGGACUCUCCUUGACUCAGGAGAUACUCAGUCACCUGGGCCUUGCCAACAAGACAGCCGCUUGGGGCACCCUGGGCACCCUCAGAACCUUCUUGAGCUUCAGUGUGGACAAGGAUGUACAGAGGCUGCUGAAGGCCAUAGCAGGCCAAGGUGUGGACUGUAUUGCCAUUCUGGACGUGCUGACCAACCGGAGCCGAGAGCAAAGGCAGCUCAUCUCUCGAGCCUUCCACGAACGCACCCAGCAGGACCUACUGAAGUCCUUGCAGGCAGCACUCUCUGGCAACCUGGAGAGGAUCGUGGUUGCUCUGCUGCAGCCUGCAGCCCAUCUCGAUGCCCGGGAAUUGAGGAAAGCCCUGAAGGGCUCAGGUUCUGCUGAAGAUGUGGCCUUGGAAAUUCUUGCCACCCGAACCCCACCCCAGCUGCGGGAGUGCCUGGCAGUCUACAAACACAAUUUCCAAGUGGAUGCUGCGGAGGACAUCAAGUCUGAGACCAGAGGCAUCUUGCGGGACUUGCUCCUGGCCCUGGCCAAGGGGGGCCGCGAGGCCUAUACUGGAAUCAUUGACUAUAACCUGGCUGCACAGGACGUCCAGGCAUUAAAGCAGGCUGAAGGACCCAGCACAGAGAGGAUGUGGGUCCUUGUCUUCACCCAGCGCAAUCCCGAACACCUCGUCCGAGUGUUGAACCAGUACCAGUGGGACACGGGGCAUGAGUUGGAGAAGACUGUCCGGGCCCGUUUCCACGGAGCCGCCUGCGUGGCUCUGCUCAGCCUAGCCUUGGUGAUUCGGAACACACCCCUGUACUUUGCUGAUAAACUUCAUCAAGCCCUCCAGGAGACUGAGCCCAAUUACCAAGCACUGACGCGCAUCCUUAUUUCUCGAAGUGAGACUGAUCUUCUAAGUAUCCGAGCCGAGUUCAGAAAGAAAUAUGGGAAGUCCCUCUACUCCUCCCUCCAGGAUGCAGUGAAAGGGAGCUGCCGGUCAGCCCUACUAGCCCUGUGCAGGGCGGAAGACCUUUGAGACCUCAUCCCCGCAUGACGUUCAAGGAUCUGAGAUUCUCUUGUUUGGCUGAGCCUGCAGGAGACCAGCUGGGCCUCCAAAUAAGAUAACCCCUCACUGAGCACCACAUGUUCCAGCUUCUUGUUGAGGCCAGAACUCAAAGUUUCUCUUAAAUUCCUUCACUUCUCUUAUCUUAAAGUGAUGUCUGCACCUGGGUCCCCUAGCUCUGUCCUGGGUGUGCAAAAUGAGAUCGCUUGGAUAGUUUCUGUCCUA